UUCCCAAGUUUCGGUUUCCUGACUGAAUGGCUGCAGAGCUGAGAAGCCGUCCCAGGAGGGAGGAGCAGAGCAUUGCCUGGAGACAUCUUCAUUCUUUCUCCACACUGGAAACAGAGACAAGUGUCUCCAUCCUUCUGUCAUCUUCCCCAGCCUUUAUCUGGGGAAGGCUGGAAACUUCUCCCUGAGCAAAAGCACUGAGGAUUCACUUGGAGGGACAGGGUGAUCCUGCAGAGAUGGAUCCAACCCCUGACCUGUACUGUACCCUUGGGAACAAUCUGGACCACUUCGUGGAGCACAGCCUUCAGCCCCAGAGGGACUGGAAAGAGGAAGGGCAGGACGCCUGGGAGAGAAUUGAGAGGUUCCUUCGGGACCAAUGCUUCCGGGAUGAGCUACUUCUGGACCAAGAAGUCAAGGUGCUUAAGGUGGUGAAGGGAGGCUCCUCGGGAAAGGGGACGACGCUGAACCACAGAUCUGAUCAGGACAUGGUUCUGUUCCUGAGCUGCUUCUCCAGCUUCAAAGAUCAGGCGAGAUUCCGAGAACUCAUCAUCAGCUUCAUCGAGGAAAGGCUGCAUCACUGCUGGAGAAGCCUGGCCUACAACAUCACUGUGGUUAAACAGAGAAAGGGGAAUAGGACCCCUCGCUCCCUGACAUUAAAGGUCCAGCCCAGGAAGAGUGACGGCAUUAUUCGGAUGGAUGUUCUGCCGGCUUAUAAUGCUUUGGGAUCCUUUUCCCGAGACUUGAAACCAGACCCAGAAAUCUACGAAGAUCUAAUAAGGACUAAUGGCAACCCCGGGGAGUUCUCGCCAAGCUUCACAGAGUUGCAGAGACAUUUUGUGAAAAGCCGCCCUGUUAAACUGAAGAACCUACUCCGGCUAGUGAAGUUCUGGUACCAGCAGUACCUGAGAAGUAAGCAUAGAAGAGCAGCAUUGCCUCCCAAAUAUUCUCUGGAGCUACUGACCAUCUACGCCUGGGAAAUGGGUACAGAGAGCAGCGAAAACUUCAAUUUGGAUGAAGGGUUUGUAGCCGUGAUGAAUCUCCUCAGAGACUACCAAGACAUCUGCGUAUACUGGACUAAGUACUACGAUUUCCAAAAUGAAGUCGUUGGAAACUUUCUCAAACAACAGCUGAAGAGACACCGGCCCAUCAUCCUAGACCCAGCUGAUCCCACCAACAACUUAGGAAGUAGAAAUGGAUGGGACCUGGUGGCCAGAGAAGCUUUCUACUGCCUGCUGCAGACCUGCUGCUGGACUGGAAUCCUCAGCGGCAGCUGGGAUGUACUGCCAGCAAGAGAAAUUCAGGUGACAGUGAAACAAACAGAAAAAGAAACCUGGAGGCUCUGGGUAGACCCCUAUAGCCCCAUCAGGAAGAUGAAGGCAGAGAUCAAAAGGAAAAAUGGCACCUCCGGGGAGCUACGCAUCUCCUUCCAGGAUCCACAGGGGGAGAGGCAACUUCUCAGCAGCCAGAAGACCCUAUCGGAUUAUGGGAUAUUCUCUAAGGUGACCAUCCGGGUGCUGGAGACCUUUCCCCCUGAGAUCCAGGUCUUUGUGAAGGAAUCCAGUGGCCAGAGCAAGCCUUAUGCCAUCGACCCUGGCGCUACCAUCUAUGAACUGAAGGGGAAGGUUGAAGAUGCUGGAGGGCCUUGCACAGAGAAUCAGGUGCUGAUGUUGGGGAGUAAGAAGCUGAAAGAUCGUUGCAGCCUUGCAGAGCUACAGAUAAAAGACUGUGACACCAUCCAGCUCAGGGUGAUCUAGCCCUAGUCUGCCUACUGCAUGGUGUCAAUACUUAAUGCCUCCCUGCCCCAUCCCUUUACCCAGACGCUGUGUUCAUUCUGUACCCUAAAUAUCAACAUUUUCCCACAUAUACAGAAUGAAGUUCAAGUUUUUUCGCUGAAUAGCCAGUCUUUAAUACAAUCAAGCUGAGCCCUACUUUCUUCUCCGUCCCCACUCAAAACUCACCAGUCUCCCAAAUACUCAAAACUCGCCCCGAAUGCCAAGUCAUGUCCCCAUCACUUUGAGUCAGCGAUCCUUUCCCCUUGACCGAUGUUUUCAUAUUUCAAGACUCAGACUUGUAAGUCACUGAAUCUCAAAGUGCAGACCUCAGACUGACAGACUCACCGUUACUCCAGGAACCUCUUAGAAAAGAAAAAUUGAGCCGAGGCAGACAUUCCCCUGAGGUAACAGUCAGUGCCAUGACAAGCCCUCCAAGUUGUUCUGAUGCAUGCUCGAGUUUGAAAUCGACUGCUAUACAGCCCACGCAGCCGGCCAGGUCAUCUUAAGCUCACAUUCUCUCUCUUCGUCCACAGUAGCCCUCUGUGAGAGGAAGAGGGGUGUUAAUCGUGUUGUUUUGUUAGAUCUAUCUCUCUAGAACAGUGAGACUUGAUUUUUCUUUGAAUGCCUUAUGCCUUGGCCUUUGCAGUCUAGAAUGGAACCAAUCCAGUGUAAAUGUUUGACACAUGCCUGCUGAAUAAGUAAACAAACCAAAGAAUGGUGUUGAAUCCUUCAA